AUGCGUUCGCAUUUCAAGCAAUAUCUGUCCACUACCUUAUAUUCCAUUGUGAUUCUGUUACAACUGAUCAAUUAUUCAGAUUGCCUUUACUUUCAUAUUCGUGAAACUGAUCGCAAAUGUUUCAUCGAAGAAGUACCAGAUGAAACGUUAGUUAUUGGAAAAUACAAAGUUGAAAUGCAUGACACAGUAACAAAUACGUUUAUACCAACUGGUAGUGGAAUCGGAAUGCAUGUUGAAGUGAAAGAUCCAGAGGAAAAAGUGGUACUAUCUAAACUUUAUACAGCAGAAGGAAGAUUUUCUUUUACAUCACAUCGUGUUCAUCUUGAUAUCGAUAUUGGUGAACAUGCUGUGGAUUAUAGACAAGUUGGUACACAAGAAAAAUUAACUGAAUUACAAUUACGUGUUAGACAAUUAUUAGAUCAAGUUGAGCAAAUAACAAAAGAGCAAAACUAUCAACGUUAUCGUGAAGAACGUUUUCGUGCUACAAGUGAAUCUACAAAUCAACGUGUAUUAUGGUGGUCGAUUGCACAAUUAACUAUACUCGCAUUGACUGGUGUAUGGCAAAUGCGACAUUUAAAAGGUUUUUUUGAAGCAAAAAAACUUGUUUGA